UCAAAGCACUUUGCAAGGACUGCGUGGUAGAACGGUGUCGAAUCCUGCGACUGAAAAACCAGCUGAACGAGGACUACAAAACCGUUACAAACCUGCUGAAGAUAACAGUCAAGGGGAACGACGGGUUUUGGGUUGGGAAGGCGUCCUUGCGGAGCUGGCGUCAGUUGGCUCUGGAGCAAUUAAACGAGCAAGACGAAGACGCGGAGCACAGCAACGGCAAAAUGAACGGAAACGGGCAAAACAAAGAUGACUCCACUGAGGAGAAGAGAGAGGAGGAAGAGGAGUUAAAUUUUAAUGAAGACAUCGUUUGCCCACAUGGUGACCUGUGCAUAUCCGAAAACGACCGGAGGGUGGUUUCGAAGGAAGCCUGGGAGAAACUCAAGCAAUAUUUCCCAAAGGCCCCCGAAUUCCCGAAUAACAGAGAGUGCUGUUCCCAAUGCAAGAUUUUGGAGCGGGAAGGGGAGGAAAACGAAGCUCUGCACAAGAUGAUGGCCAGCGAGCAGAAGACUUCGCUCCAGAACCUGUUUCACGAUAAAUGCAGACCUUGCCUGGGCAGCUGGCCUCAGGAGACGGAUGAGCUGUACAUCGUUUCGCAGUUCUUUGUGGAAGAAUGGAGGAAAUUUGUCAGGAGGCCGACGCGCUGCAGCCCCGUGUCCUCCGUUGGAAACAGCGUUCUCCUCUGUCCCCACGGCGGCCUCAUGUUCACCUACGCUUCCAUGACCAAAGAAGAUUCCAAACUUAUAGCUCUGAUAUGGCCCAGCGAGUGGGAGAGGAUUCAAAAACUCUUCGUCGUGGAUCACGUCAUCAAAAUCACCCGGAGCCAAGCGGCCGGGGCCGGCCCCGAGGGCGUGCUGUACACCUCCGAGCCCCAGCUCUGUCCGGAGUGCAGAGAAGGGCUGUUAUGCCAACAGCAGCGGGAUUUGCGCGAGUACACCCAAGCGACCAUCUACAUCCAUAAAGUGGUGGAUAACAAAAAGGUAAUGAAGGAUGCUGCUAACGUGAGCAGCUCAGAAGCCGAAGAGGAAAGGGAGGAGAACAAGCCAGAGGGAGAGCAGGACCCGGAUUUUAACCAGACCAACGGCGGUGCGAAGCGCCAGAAGGUCUCGCACCAGAGCUACGUCACUUACCAAAAACAAGGCAUCAGGCGGAGCACCCGGCACCGGAAAGUCCGAGGGGAGAAAGCUCUGCUCGUUUCUGCUAAUCAGACGCUGAAAGAGCUGAAAAUACAGAUCAUGCAUGCAUUUUCAGUUGCUCCCUUCGACCAGAAUUUAUCCAUCGACGGCAAGAUCCUGAGCGACGACACCGCCACGCUCGGCAGCCUCGGAGUCAUCCCCGAAUCCGUCAUUUUAUUAAAGGCCGAUGAACCUAUCGCAGAUUACGCGGCGAUGGACGACGUUAUGCAAGUUUGUAUGCCCGAGGAAGGAUUUAAAG